AUGACGACCAGGCUCGAUCGCCUAGUGCUGCUCCUGGAAACCGGGUCAACAGCUGCAGUCCGCGCGACUGCUGCUCAGCAACUCGGAGAUAUUCAGAAACAGUACCCUUCAGAACUAUUCAAUCUGCUUUCAAGGGUGCUUGUACAUCUCAGAAGCAAAAGUUGGGAUACCAGGAUUGCAGCUGGACAAGCAUUGGAGGCCAUUGUCGGGAAUGUGCCUCAGUGGGAUCCAUCAGCUGGUGAGAACCUCUUUGUCAAACGAAACAAUAACGUAACGUUUAUCAGUUAUCCAGAAGUAAAGCUAGAGGAUGGAGCAGCCGAGAACAAAACCUCUUCGACAGAAAUGCCAAAUUUCGACCGGUUGUCCUUCUCCAGCUUUGACAUUAGCCAGGUGCUUCAAAACGGCAAGUUGCUUCUGGGCUCCGCAGGAAAGGAAUACGACCUCGAUUUGAGCGAUCUGGAUCCAGCUGAACGGUUGGCGAUCCAGCGAAAAAACCUGAGCGCCAACCUAGGACUUAUGACCUCUCAGUUUAUGGAUGUUGAUCUCGUUGACGAGUCGGAUAUCUCAGCACCAAAAGCAUCACCGGCUUCAGUAAAGAAGGAAGAGUCUCCUACGCCAGCGUCGUCCGCAUCAUUGACUGGACCAAAACAGCCACUCGCCUCCCCUGCGAUUCAAAAUGACGCCGAUACGGAUGGACUCAGCGCACGCGAGAGAAACAAGCUGAAACGGCGGGCAAAAACGGAUUUGAAGUUCAAAGGAAAAGACAAGGUCCGUGUUAUCGAUCUCGCAGGAAGACGCAAGGGACCAGAGACUCCGGGAACACCAGCAACACCAGGUGCCGGCGCAGAAGGACAGGAUGGCGGGUACUUUGAUAUCACUCCUCAGUCUGACGGAAACAAAGUGGUAGUGGAGGCCAAACUCCCCGUUCAAUCGGUUUUGGAGACUUCCACCGAGUGGCCAUUCGAGAGCAUCUGUGAUAUUCUCUGCAUGGAUCUUUUUGAUCCCAGCUGGGAAGUUCGUCACGGAGCAGGAAUCGGUCUCCGAGAUAUUCUGAAGGUGCAAGGCAGCGGAGCAGGACGGAUCGUUGGAUGUACCAAGGCGGAGAACGACGUCCGACAUAACGAAUGGCUUGAGGACUUGGCUAUUCGCCUUCUCUGCGUGUUUUCGCUGGAUCGUUUCGGAGACUUUGUUUCUGAUCAGGUCGUCGCCCCAGUGAGAGAGACUUGCUCGCAAACGCUGGGAGCUUUGAUGAGACACAUGUCCGACGAAGGAGUGAAGAGCACGCUUGGAGUCGUGAUGCGACUCAUCUACCAGGCUGACGUCUUUGAGGAGGGCAUGGACCGUGAUUACAUUUGGGAGGUGAGGCACGCUGGAUUGCUUGGACUCAAAUACGCCGUCGCUGUCCGGAAAGAUUUGCUGGACAACAAUUCAGCGUAUGCCACCGAGAUGCUUGAGAAUGUUGUCAAGGCAGUUGUUCUUGGCCUGCAAGACGAAGAUGACGACGUCCGAGCUGUGUCUGCGUCGACCCUUAUACCCAUUUCGUCCAACUUUGUCAAUAAGUUGCCACAUCGUAUUCCCGAUGUUGUCAAUGUCCUCUGGGACUGCUUGGCUAUCUUGAAGGACGAUUUGACAGCGUCCACCGCCAGUGUCAUGGACCUCUUGGCCAACUUGUUCACUUUCCAGAGUGUGCUCGACUUUAUGAUUCAGCCUCAGGACGAAAGUGUCCGGACAUCCGUUCUGAACGCCAUGCUGACCUUCUUGAAGCUCAAGACCAUCUCAGAGUGGGUCGACGAGAAGGUGGUACGUAUGGUCUAUCAAAACUUGAUUGUUGAGGAAAAGAAGGACAUCCUUGAACUGUCGCUUAGAGUGAUGACUGCCUUGAUCACACAUAUGGCUUCAGUCGAGUCCGCUGCCUCGAUUACGUCCGUCGUGAGUCCUCAUUUGCAAUCCAUGUUCGCUUUACUGUUGACGCCGAUCGGAACGCCACUUGAGACUCGCCUGUUUUACUCACCCACCGGUCAGGGGGUGGUUACUCUUGUCGCCACAACUCCAGCUCGAGGUCGCAAGGCACAGUCGGCACAAACGCACUCGCACAAUGUCGAUAUCGGAAUGUUGAAGCAGGAUCUAGCUCUUGUCUCAAUAGCAUCUGUGAUCCGGUGCCGUCUCACUGCAAGUAAGGCUUUGGGACUUGUCAUGGCUAGCUGGCCGGACGACCAACUGGAGGGCUCGUUUUGGCAUCUCCUUCAGCCCAACUUCAACUCGUCCUGGGCAAUGAGACGUCAGAUGUCAUCCAACGUCGUCGCGGAGUGGGCUGCUGCUUUCAGGGAGCGUACCAGCAAAUACCCUACUGAGGCGGCCCUGCCUUUCGGAAUGUCGGCUUCGGUGGCUCUCACAGAAUGCUUGCUCUCGGAACCGCCACUCAGCUACUUCGAGAGCAUUACUGUUCUCAAAGGCAUUCGCGCCGAAAUUCAAGCUAUGCUCAACGCAUUUGUCACGGAUGGCAAGUUGCCGCAAGCCAGCAUUCCUACAUUGGCACAAGUGCCUAGUACAGGGGAUGGGGGUGAUGGAUCUGGGUUCACGAGUGAUUAUGCUCGUCACUUCGCAGCCGAGGUUGCCCCUAACUUGAUGAACCAAAUCGGCGCGCGGACGCGAAAGACUGCCAUUCCUCUGCUCACGGGUCGACAGGAAAGAGUCAUUGCGAGCAUCGGAUACUUUGAGUCGAUCAAGGAGAAGGCAGAUCUGUACGUUGCUGCAGCUGUUGGGUCUGCUGUCAUCAACCUGGGAACCUUGCCAGGAAAGCUUAAUCCCGUCAUCAACAGUGUCAUGAAGAGUGUUCGCAGCGAGGAAAACAUGGAGCUCCAGAUGCGAUCAGCGUCGACACUUGUCAGCCUUGUCAUUCUUUGCAACUCUCCCUUUUGCACUCUCCGUGUGGUACCAACUCCCAAGCUGAUCAAAAACCUGGCGCGAUAUCUCUGCGGCGACACCUCGGUUACACCUUCAUUGGACCAGGACUCUUCUUUGGAGGGCAUCUUUUCUCUCAAGAAGUCAAAGGAAGCAGCGGCGGACAGCAAGCUCGUCGGCGGGCAUGGCAUGGAGGAUGUCAAGGUUUCGGCCAAGGAUAUCAAGGAAGAGGAUAAUGAAGAGGCCAAGCUGACACGACGUGGAGCCCUCGCAGCAUUCAAGGAGUUCGCCGGACGAUUUGGACCAAGUCUCUUUACUGAAGUUCCCAAGAUCUGGGAAUGCAUCCACGCCCCUUUGACAACGGCCUUCGCCAAUGGACCUGUGACGGAACCGACAGGACUGGAGCCAGACGGUUGGCAUGAUGUCAUUGAUGCACUGGAGAUUAUCAAGACCCUUGUCCCUCACUUGCACCCUGAGCUGUACCCAUCGAUCGAGCAGCUGAUGCCUCAUAUCGCAACGGCCCUGCUCUCACCCUUCACCGUCGUUCGCCAUGCCGCCGCCAAGUGUCUUGCUGUUAUUUGCAACGUUAUCACCGUGGCUGGAAUGCACCUUGUGAUCGAUCGCGUAAUUCCCUUCCUCGGAGAUACCGCCAACGUGAUCCGUCGUCAAGGAUCCUGCGAGAUGAUCAACGAAGUUGUCCAGAUCAUGGAUGCCAAGAUCCUGCCCUAUGUGGUGUUCCUGAUUGUCCCUGUCCUCGGCCGGAUGAGUGAUCCCGACGAGCCGACUCGAUUGGUGUCAACCAACUGCUUCGCACAUCUUAUCAAGCUUGUUCCUCUCGAAGCUGGAAUUCCCGAUCCACCAGAGAUGUCAGCCGAGAUGUUGCAGCAGCGCCAAGAAGAACGCGAGUUCUUGAUGCAGCUUCUGGACAGUAAGAAACUCCAGCCAUACUCUAUCCCGAUCAAGAUCAAGGCGGAGCUGCGAAAGUACCAGCAGGAGGGUGUGAACUGGUUGGCGUUCCUCAACAAGUACCAGCUUCACGGCAUUCUCUGUGACGAUAUGGGUUUAGGCAAGACACUACAGUCCAUCUGCAUGUUGGCCAGUGACCAGCACGAUCGACAGACCAAGUUUGCGGAAACCCAGUUCCCUCAGUACGCCCACUGCCCCUCGAUCGUUGUCUGUCCGCCCACUCUGACAGGACACUGGUACCACGAGAUUCUCCAGUACACCGACAACCUCAAGCCGAUCAUGUAUACCGGAGGACCAGCAGAGAGGAAGAAGCUGCGGGCGUCGAUCCCCAAGCACGACGUUGUCAUCAUGUCUUACGACGUGGUCCGUAACGAUAUCGAGGACUUGGAGAAGAUCCACUGGAACUACUGUAUUCUGGACGAGGGUCAUAUCAUCAAAAACGGGCGCACCAAGAUCACUAAGGCAGUCAAGAUGGUCCGCGCCAAUCACAGAGUGAUCCUGUCAGGAACUCCUAUCCAGAACAACGUGCUUGAGCUCUGGUCGCUGUUUGAUUUCCUGAUGCCUGGGUUCUUGGGUACCGAGAAGCAGUUCAACGAUCGUUUCGGCAAGCCUAUUAUCGCCAGUCGUGAUAGCAAGAGCUCCUCGCGAGAGCAGGAAGCCGGCGUGUUGGCGUUGGAGGCGUUGCACAAGCAAGUGCUUCCGUUCCUGUUGCGUCGUUUGAAGGAAGAUGUGUUGAGCGAUUUGCCACCCAAGAUUAUUCAGGACUACUACUGCGAGCUGAGCGACCUGCAGAAGCAGCUGUACGAGGAGUUCUCGAAAUCGCAGCUCAAGCACGAGAUGGAGGAGGAACUCACGGAGGAGACAAAGUCAGAUCCACCCCAGAAAGCGACUCAUAUCUUCCAGGCACUCCAGUACCUCCGAAAGCUCUGCAACCACCCGCUCCUGGUUGUGAACGAGAAGCACCCCGAGUACAAGCGCGUGAUGAAGCAGCUCAAGGCGCAGAACCAGUCGAUCCACGACAUUGGAUUUGCACCCAAGUUGCAGGCGCUGAAGCAAUUGUUGAUCGAUUGUGGCAUUGGUUCCAAGCCGAGUUCGGAAUCUGCGGCGGAUAUUGAGGCAUCGUUGAUCCACGGAGGAGGCUCGGCAGUGAGCCAGCAUCGCGCAUUGAUCUUCUGCCAGCAGAAGGCGAUGCUCGACAUUAUCGAGAACGACCUGUUACGGCCGCUCCUACCGACUGUCUCGUACAUGCGUAUGGAUGGUGCGGUGGACUCUUCGAGACGUCAUGGAAUUGUUCAAAAGUUCAAUGCAGAUCCGUCAAUCGAUCUCUUGCUUCUGACGACGCACGUCGGAGGACUUGGACUGAACUUGACAGGAGCUGAUACGGUCAUCUUUGUGGAGCACGAUUGGAACCCGAUGAAGGACCUGCAGGCUAUGGACCGUGCCCAUCGAUUGGGCCAGAAGAAGGUCGUCAACGUGUACCGUCUCAUUACCAAGGGAACCCUUGAGGAGAAGAUCAUGGGAUUGCAAAAGUUCAAGAUGAACAUUGCAAACUCGGUCGUCAACCAGCAGAACUCGGGCAUGCAGAGUAUGGGCACGGAUCAAAUCCUGGACCUCUUCCAGGUCGGUGACGAGGACUCUGAAGGCAAGAAAAAGAAGAAACUCAAGGGCAAGGACUCUGGCGGAGCUGGUGGCGCCAGCGAUGAUGGUGGAGCCGGUGGGGAUCAAAAGCUGUCGACCAAGAAUGUUCUCGAGUCGUUGGAAGGAUUGUGGGACGAGAAGCAGUAUGAGGAAGAGUACAACUUGGACUCUUUCAUCUCCAGUUUGAAGUAG